AUUAGUUUACUAUUUGAUCAAGUUUUAUUUCAUUCUAGUUCCCAACAAUGCAACUUUUACGUAUUAUUGUUAGAGUAAUUUAAAAUUUAUCGAAAGAAAAAAAGGAAUGGCGCGAUGUCCCUUGUCAUCUGUCAGCUUCAUUCAUUCAUCCAUUGUGCAGAAAAAAUGUGACUUGUCCGCUUUGUAAUUUUGUUUUUAUGUAAUAAGUGCUAGUUGAAUAUUAGAUCCACCCGUUAUUAAAUCCCAUUACAUUAACGAAAGUGUUGAUUACCGUAUUGCAUAAUUAGAACGAUCGUAGUAACAACAGGGCCUGCUUUACAGUUCCCUAAGAAUAUUCCCUCUACAAAGAGCUUGGUGCGGCGUCGGCGAAUGAAAUUCUUAAUUUUCUUGCGCAGUGAUAGUUGAGUGUUUCGUUUGAUGAAGAAAUAAGGGUGUUUGUAAAGUAGUGCAGUGUGAAAGGAAGCAAGGAUGUCGGGCCGGGUAAGGAAGCAGUCGGACUGUCCCGUGGGCAAGCAGGGCCCGAUGCGGGCGACGCUGCCGGUGUCAUCAGUCAUGAAGGGCGGCGGGCUCAAGAAGAACGCCAGCAACAGCCCGACCUUAUCCCCCACUAAUGCGUGGCGCCGGAUAUCACCAGAUCACGCCCUUUCUGGCCAGCGAAGCCCUGGAGCUGUCAAUUACAAAGGCAAGGGUAGAUUUGGUGCCAGUGUCAUUAGGCGCACAGCCUCCCUUGACACUCUGUAUCACAAAGGACAAUGGUCCAGGGACUACUAUCUUCACGCUGGCCAGUUGCAAGUCGACAAGUCCACACAAACUGAUGAUGGAGGUGGAGCCUCAGGUCGUUCUUCACGGAGUUCCGAGGAUGACAAGCUUGACCGCUUCCUGCGCAGUCGCCUGCAAAGACCGCACAAACCAUCUGCAUCUGGAGACUACUCAAGUCAUUCUAUGACUACUGCACUUUGUGGCAGUGUCCCGUUGCGAGCGGCGAGGUCAUCAGUGGAGGGUCUCAAUCAGGAGAUUGAAAGACUUGUGCUCUAUCCAGCCAGUGGCACACAAACUCCACAUCUAGACCGGUUAAGGGAUAAAGUAACACCAGAAGGCCACCGCGCGCCUCUCGCCGAGCUUCUCAGACGUUCAGUGAACACUCAGACACCACAUGAUCUCUGUCACACUGCUCAUUCAUCAGGUGGCAGUGUCUGCUCGUCUCCAGAUCUUGACGGGUCUAAAUUAGGCACGUCGCCGCAGAUAAAUCGCUUUUUGGCUCGUGAACCUCCCGAUGGUUGUGAAAAGGUAAACCUGAAAGCGGGCGAAGGAGCAUUCUCCGAAUCAGUGUCUGUGAUGAAGCCGACGAUACCGGGCUUCACGCUGCGGCCAUCGCUGGGGUCAGCCUUCCAGCCGCUGCAGCCCGCGCCGCCGCCGUCCCCGCCCGCCUCCACCUCGCACUGACUCCCACCCCGACCUGACCACCCGGCGCCGACACCUCACGCGUGCCCAUCUCUCGGACUAGAGGGCUCCUUAUCCACUAAAAUCGACAUUUUAUUAGUUCUACUGAACCCUCUUAUUAUACACGUCCUAUGUUCACUGAAGUUGAAAUUGAACAACUAAUUUCAAUUUCAUGUCUUGACAAAGCUAUUAUUCUAUGCGUACAAAUAAAUCACUUAUGAUUUCUGACUACUAGAAGUUGCAGAAAAAUUCUAGUGGUUAAUUUGUACAUAAACAAUAUAGCAUAGUUUCCCAUAGUACUACUACUAAAUGCAAUAACUAAUUUCUUUAUUACUGAAAAACGUGUUAGUGGCAUCCAAAGUUUUAUCACCUAUUCAUAAUACACAUCUUUAAUUAAUCUGUUGUGACAAUAAUAAACAUUCUUUAAAUUUAUUGUGACGAAAUUACGAUGUCCUUUGAUACACAAAGUAUUGAAUGUUUGUCAAUUUCCAUCAAAUUUCGAGUGAGAGUAAGAAAUAGGAUUAUCCCAGUACAUUUGAUCCGUUUUAGACUUGCAAUAUUAAUUUGCACAAAAUACUUUGACAAACUGAAAGCAACCAAAGCAAUUUAAUCGCAGCAUUAGAUUCACUAACGAAGCCAAACAUAUGGCAAAAAAUAUUUCAUAUUAAAUACGAGUACCUAUAUAUUAUGUGUUAGUUUGCCCUGAUAUUAUUUUAAUGAAUACAUUAGGUAAUGAGGAAGCUAUUUUUCUAAAUUUUUUAUUUAGGUAUAGCACUCACUGCUCCAGCUUAAUUUGUUUACAUGACUGGAUAUAUAUUUGAUCUCAUUUUAUGUAUUAUUUUAAAAUUGUGUACAUAACACAUGUUGCAAACAUAGAAUGUAAAAGUGUUGUAGAAUUAAUUUUCAACAUACAUAAGUUUUUGUUAAUUUUAAUAAUUGAAGAAGAUAUGUAAAUUACUUCGGACCAAAAUUCUGAAAGGGCCAGAUUGUCUUAUUUGUGGUUAUGGAUAUAUCGGUUGCUAGAACGAUUUUCUAAUGCAAAAGAGCUUUAACUUGUGGGAUUUGAUAAAGAAAAUGUAACUAAGGAAGAAAAUAGACUGAAUUUUUAAACUUUACUCAUACUUUGAUACAGGUAACUUGACAUUAUUCGUUAUGUAGUGUAGAGUACUAUAAAGUGCCUAUUAUGGACAUGCUUCUUUGUUUACUCUUCAAUUAUGAUUUUUGGAACUGGUAGUACAUAAUUAUUUUUGUUUCUGAAACCUUAACUUUGAUGUGUUUAGUCAGUAUCUGUAUCAGGUACAUGAGGCGUUUGUUUAUGUAAUGUUCGUUUAGGGAAGUUUGGACCGCACUCGUUGGAUUUCUCAUUUUGGCCAAAAUGCAUUUUUAUCAUCGAGACUGAUAAUGUAGUAUGUUGACAACUUACACAUAAACAUAGUUAGAUCUGCUUUUGGACAUACGCAAUUAUUUUUUAAAACCUUUUUUAAAAUUCGACGGCAAAUAUAUAUAUUUUGGAUGGCUCACCUUUGGGAAUAUAUAGUAUUUAAAAUCUUAUCAUUGCUCAAACAAAAUUUUUAUUAAGAGCCGAACAGUUGCUGAUGUAACUUAGUACCUAUUGAUUAUAUUGGUUAUUCAAUAAACAAAUGUGAUAAUGUAAGAGAAACGGUCGAAUCUGAAUGUUGAUCGUGGCUUGACGACUUUCGAUACUGGUAUGUACUAGUGCUUGUCCAUGUGUUAACAUGUUGCACCAGUAUCCAAGUUGUGAAGAAUUAUCGAAGGUGCUGCAUAGUGACUAUAAGUGUGUACAGACUAACCGACUUGUGACAAAGGAGGCAGGGUGUUUGGGAUGCGAUUAUAUUGUGUAAGCGAUCGCACUUGGCGGCAGAAUUCAUUUUCGAAUUGACUGCGAAUGUGACAAACGAAACCAGUAUCUGACGCUAUGAAGAAGAAUGUUUUGGAAAUGUACAAAAGUAUUUUCAUCAUUCAUUUCAACAUUAUAUCUAUAUGUUGUAAAAAUGCCACUACAGUCGUUAAUGAUUUGACAGUUUUGAUAGUGAUUAAAUAUAUUGUGCAAAACAUUACCAUGGAAGAACCGAGCCAAUAUUUAAAAUCCGGAUUUCUGUGUAAAAUGUUUCUGAAAUAAGUGCAAUAUAUAGCUGUAAUUCGAAUAAAAUAUACAAGCAAAGAAUUUACGAUGUAAAUUUUGAGGGUGAUAUGUAUAUUUAAUUUCUCGUAAUUCUCUUCAUGGAUCCACAUUUUCAGUUGCUUGAUCAUUGUUGUAAAAACACAUUUUCUGUAAAGUAAGCUUUAUGAUUAUGUUCGCAUUGCUUCCUAACAGCUUCCAUGUCGCUUCUAGACUCCCCACAGUUGGAAUCCAAAACAAUAUUAUGCUUUACUAAUAAUAGACUUAUGUCACAGGUCCAGGUUGUAAUUUAGGAUUUAUAUAAGCCUCUCCCAAUGUCGUUACCUAAUUUAAGGUUUAGUAAGUUUUAGUAAAGGACCCGAAAAAUUAUUAGCUGUUAAUAAAUGUGUGCUAUAAAAUGGUCCCCUUACUGUUUAAUUUAAAGUAACCACUGGGAUGUGGACAGAGGUUCCUAAAUAAAGAUGUUUACAUUGCCACCAUUAUUAUUUAGACUGCCGGUACGAGCUCAGUAUUCCGAAGAACAUCUUUAUUUAUGGACUGAAAUGUUUUUAAAGUACAUAAAGAUAUUUUUAUAUGUUCAGGGUAGGAGAAGGGUGAGUUGUACCAUAAAAGUAACUUGGCUAGGACCUUAGAUUUGAUAGUUCUUUUAUAGAUGGUUAAUAUUAUUUUAAAGUUUGCUUGAUAAGUUUGUAAUUUUUAUUAAUACAAUAUUAGAUUAAAUACUAACAUUUAAACUAAACCAAAAGUGCCCAUUGAGAUAAGUUUAUAAUUCAAGCAAGCCUUUUGUUCGGCAUUUUGUUAAAAAUAAUGUUUAGGCAACAAAAUUAGAAAUUAAGAAAAAUUAUCGAAGGAUUGUUGAGUUUUAAGUUAUCUAAAAUUGUUGAGGUUUAUUGAUAUAAAAAUUCCUUUAGUUUUUUUACAAAUAAUGUUCAACAAAGGGCUUGUUUAGUUAGAGGCAUUAAUUAACAUCAAUAUUAAUAGUAUCUACUUUUAAGUAAUAAUAAGAAUGGUUUUAUUAUAGUUUUGUUUCAGAGAAGAAAUUCUAAUUACUAUUUUUGUUUCCAAUAUUUUAUCACUUUUAUCUGUUUUCACUGUAAUGUAUCUUGCUGUAUUGCAGACAUAUCCAAUAUACAGACUGAUUUAAAA